AUGUCUCAACUCGAAGAAUCUUCUAUCCAGCAUCAAACAACAUCAGCACCAGAGGGAUCUUCUUCUUCUACUGUUAAUGAUUCAUCAAAGAUCAAUACAGUAGUGCAAACAACAACACAAGACAAUCUCAAAACAACAUUUUUACCAAAAGAAGAAACAAUCGUUGGAGUAGUCCAAGAAGAAACUCCUGAAAUGGAAGACUUUGUUCAAAGCCCAACUCGAGGAGAAGUCGAUGAAACAACUUGUCAACAGUUGAAUGAAGAAACCAAAGGAAACUCGAACACUUGUGAAGAAGAAGAAUUGAUUACUGUUUUCAGAGGUCUAUCGUUGGAAUCGAAUGAACUCAAAAAGCAACACUACAUGUCGCACUUUUUCUCAUGGAUUUUGGUAAUCACCGGCAAACUUCCUGACGACCUCAUGACAAGGUGUGUGGAAGAAUGGCAACAAACGAAAGGAGAUUUUUAUUUAAACAUUUCAUUGUCGACAAAGGAAUUAUCUCACUUUGGAAAACUAUGUCAGAGACAAAAGAACUCUUUGGAAAAUUUAUUGAUUGAAAUAUGCUACAGUGUGGUGACAGAAAUGAAACAUUCGCAACUCAUCAAAGAGUAUGAAAAGAAACUUGUGACAGAAUUGAAACAAUCGAAUCGAAAACGUCAAUUACUUUGUCGAGUAUUUUGUCUCUUUUCCCAAUUGUUGCUUGAACUGUUUCACAAAUAUCCAGCCCUAGAAGAAGAUUUUAUUAAGGAUGAGAAUCGACACUUGAGGCUGAACUUUUUCAUCUCAACAUCUAUUAAUCUCAAUGUUGCAGAAAAGUACAAGGAUGGAGGAAAGAGCGUAUUCCAGAAAACAACCAAUCCAAAUUUUCCAUUCCAACAUGUUUUAAAGUUUCAGGUUAAUCUAAAUUCUCCAAAUGUGAUUGAUUACUCAAAAGGUCAACUAAAUGUCAAACACAGAUUGAAAAGUGAGAGAGAAAUUGCCAUUAUUGGAAUGAUAAUGCCACAAGAACAAGAAACACUUGUAAAGAUUGUGGAGAGUAAGGCAGACGGUAAUUGUUGUCCACAAUCCAUUGGUUACCACCUCAACAAGAGUGCUGAUGAUGUGAGACGCGAUAUUACUUCUCACUUUAAAUCCUUACUUGAAGGCUAUUUGAAUAACAAUUCAUCCAUCUCUGAGUUAUCCAAAAAGGUAGAUGCCAACUCAUUGGAAGGAAGGAUCCUCUUAGCCAUGUUGGAUCCCUUGAUUCAAAGUACAAAUAGAGGAACAAGUGUUCAUGAUACGAGCCGCAUGACUGUCAGACAAUACAUUAAGCUCAUUCGCCAAAGUGGCUUUUGGUGUGGUCUUGCAGAGCUGUUGGUUGCAUCUUCUCUUUAUGAAAGAGACAUUUUCGUUAAUGGAAAGAAUGUGACUGGAGGAAAUGGUCACAAUCCAAUUUAUUUGAGAAGAAGAUAUAACCACUAUGAUGCCGAAGUUCGUGAAAACUCUAGUAUUGGUUCAAGCAUAAUGGCAGGUGACCGAUCCAUUCAAUCCAUUCCACUCGAGGACCAACGCAAGGAAGGUUCAGCAUUGCUCGAAAUUCCAGAAGACGAAUCCAAAGAAAGUAAGGAUCAUGACUUGCCAACUGUUCAAGAGUUGCCACAACAAAUGAAACAAACAAAUGAAGCAGAAAGCGAUCCAGCAAACAACUCCAAUAAUUUGGAUGAACAUUCCUCCAACGAAACCAUUCCAUGA